CUGGAGAAGCGGUCGCCACAAAGAGCGCAGAGAGACGCGAGCACCAGAGGAAGGAGGUUCGACGAGCGGAGAAUUUAAGCCACCCGAAGCGGGCUUUUAAACGGACAAGUACGCCGAAUUAAGACCGGAGAAGGACGACAACCAACAACUGGCAAAUCCUCCAUCUUUUUUUUUUUUUUUUUUUUGCCAUAAACGUCAGGUUGUUGUUUUGUUCACGUCGCCACUGGAGACCAUCAUCGUCUUUCAUCAGCAAUGGCCCAAGAGACGAACCAGAGCCCGGUGCCCAUGCUCUGUGCCACAGGAUGUGGUUUCUAUGGCAACCCGAGAACCAAUGGUAUGUGUUCUGUAUGCUACAAGGAACAUCUGACACGGCAGCAGAGCAGCGACAGGAUGAGCCCCCUCAGCCCUAUGGGCUCAACUUCUAGUCCUACCUCAGAGGCCUCUGCAAUCCAGAGACUAGAAGCCAGUCUAGCUAAGGUCGAUGCCUCCCCUGCCUCCUCGCCAGAUGUGUCUAGAACUAUCCAAGGAUCUCUUCCUGUAACUCAGCAAAUGACAGAGAUGAGCAUCUCGCGAGAGGACAAGCCUGAAUCUCUCGAACCUGUUGUAAACCAGCCAGCGGCCUCUAGCCCAAUUCCUUUAGCUUCUUCCGGCACUGACGACAGCAAGGAUGACUCGUCCAAGCCAAAGAAGAACCGAUGCUUUAUGUGCCGUAAGCGGGUGGGCCUUACAGGAUUCGACUGUCGCUGUGGAAACAUCUUCUGCGGCAUUCACCGGUACUCCGACAAGCACAACUGCCCCUACGACUACAAGGCCGAGGCGGCCGCCAAGAUCCGUAAGGAGAACCCCGUGGUGGUGGCCGACAAGAUCCAGAGAAUAUAGAUCUCGCGAGGCCAACGAUGCAAGUGGCAGUGAUAAAGAUGACAACACUUUUUUUUUUUUUUGAAAAAGACUGCAGUGUUUGAUCUUUGGAAUUGAGCACUGGCGUUUGUGGCCAAGUGAGGAUGCAAAGGACUCGAUUUACAAAAUUAAAACCUCAAGAAGACAUUUGGGGGGAAAAAAAACAGGAAAAAAAAUCACAUCUGGGGGAGAUGCAUGAAUGAUCACCUUGCUCCCCUUUUUGAUUAAUCCAUUUGUUAGUUUUUUUUCUUAUUUUCUGUGGUGUGACUUUUUUUUCUUCCUAAGGAUACAUAUUGUCUUAUAAAAGAGCAGCCCAGAGUAAAUGUCCGAAGUAAGCUGCACUCCUCUCAUCUUAACCAGGCAUGCGGUGCCAAACUGUAAACUCAGACCACGUCAUGCGUCAGAAGCCAAGUCCAAGUCAAGAAUCGAGACCGCGCUGCACGAGCGUACAAACUGCCCCCCCCCCCUCCUCAAAAUGUUGCACAAGGGGUUCUGUUACUUCGUCUGUCUUUCCUGGCUCUACCUACCUCACAGCUGCUCUGUUCUCAUCUUUUAGCUGUUAUUUUAGUCCCCCCCCCUUUUUUUUUUUAUUUUUAUUUUGCUCAUCCGCUGUGAUCCCAGCAGAGCAGCAAGGGCACUUCUCAUCCGCCUCAGUGACCCCUCUGUUCAGCAUUCUCAUGUUGACUGAUUGGUUUGAUUGUUUUUGAGGCUCCUUCUCGUUUGAACUUCUCUAGGUACAGUGCAGGAGAGGGGGAAUAAUAUUCCACGUUUCACUAAAUUCCGGCCUUACCAGUUUUGGCUUUCUCGGUAAACGAGCUUGCGGAGGGAUAAAAGGCCUCGCAGCUCAAUCUUGGCUCCGAAGUUGAACGAAUGAUAUUUCUCUUCCUUUUACGGGAGAGUUUGCAGCAAAAUGGCUUCAGUCUGGUUGGGUUGCAGGAUUUUGUACUUGCUCAGACAAUUAACUUUUAUUAUUAUUAUUAUUAUUAUUUCCCCUAAUGGUGUUUUGAUGUCUGUGCAUGUGUUCAAUGCAUAUGCGCAGUUAGGAUAUGCGACCCGUGAGUUUUGUCUUUUGGAUUUUAUUCAUUUUAAGUGCGCUAACACGUUCAUGUGAACACUGUGUGUGUUUGUGGAGAAACCGUUUAUCAGCACAUGUUUACAGAAAAACUACAGGAGCAUGCCAGAGCUAGAUGGAAAUAAAAUGAAAUAUACUAGACUACCACAAUUACAUGUUGCGUGUGUUUAUGUCUGCAAGGUGCAUUUUCAUGGCUGCCUGACACAUUAUUUGUAUGUGAUUUGUGUUAUUCUCGAGUGUGUUUUUCCAUUUAAGACGACAUGUAUCGAUUUGAUUCCCCCCCCUUCUGAUUCUUAGUUAUAUGCAAAUUUGUACAAAAAUGAAAUUAAAAGUUAUUUAUGUAUUGCAUAUAAUCCUACUAUCCAGCAUUACCACAGAAUAGUAUCAUGUAAAUAAAACUGUACAGAGAGACAUUACCAAUA